AUGUCGACCACGGGCGAUCCUAUCCUCCAGGUGUCACAGGCGCAGCGCAAGGGCCGGUCAUACACCCCCAGCCCUUGGGGUGACUUUUUCCUCCAUCACGUCCCAUAUACUCCAUCACAACUCUUGUCACUGAAGCAAAGGGCGCAGAUAAAAGAGGAGGAGGUGAGGCAGAUCAUACUGGCCACCAUUGCCUCCUCCGACCUGGCUCGGAAGAUGGAGCUCGUCGACACGCUGCAAACGAUUGGGGUCGACUACCACUACAAGAAGGAGAUCGAUGAGUUACUUUGUUCUGUCUACGAUGACAAGGAUGAUAUAGGCUCUGAAGACCUCUAUAUCACCUCCUUGCGGUUCUAUUUGCUCAGGAAGCAAGGGCACACUGUCUCUUCAGAUGUGUUUCAGAAAUUUAGGGAUGAGCAAGGAAACAUUUCGAGCGAUGAUGUCACCUGCUUGCUGAUGCUGUACAAUGCUGCGCAUCUGAGAACUCACGGGGAGGAGAUACUUGACAGCAUCAUCACUUUCAACAAGAUCCGCCUCCAAUCUUUGAUGACGAAAAAACUGGAGCCAGAGCUGGCAGAGGAAGUGCAGUGCACAUUGGAGACACCUCGGUUCAGACGGGUCAAGAGAGUGGAGGCAAGGCGCUACAUCUCAGUAUAUGAGAAGAAGGCUACGCGAGAUGAGACCAUACUGGAGUUUGCAAAGAUGGACUACAACAUCUUGCAAGCUAUCUACUGCGAUGAGUUGAAAGAACUUACAAUAUGGUGGAAGGAUUUCCAAUUAGGGACGGACCUGAGAUUCACACGGGACAGAAUGGUGGAGCUGCAUUUUUGGAUGAUGGGAGUGGUUUAUGAGCCUUAUUACUCAUAUUCACGGAUAAUGCUGACUAAGUUCACCAUAUAUGCGACCAUGUUCGAUGACCUUUAUGACAACUAUGGAACCACAAAAGAGAGUAAUAUCUUCACCACAGCCAUGGAAAGGUGGGAUGAACAAAUCACAGAACAGCUCCCAGCACACUUGAAGGCACUCUUCAUCAACAUACUUAACAGUACAAAUAAGAUGGAGGAAGAGUUAAAAUUUCAGAAAAACAAGCAUGCUGAAUUGAUCAAAGAACUGGUUAUCCACACUGCCAAAUCCUACCAUGCUGAGGUGAAAUGGCGCGAUGAACACUACAUACCAACUAAUGUUGAAGAGCACCUCCAAAUUUCCAUGAGUAGCAGUGUAUGCAUGCAGAUUACAAACCUUGUGCUCAUUUCACUGGGAGAUGUGACUACUAGAGAGGAUGUCAAUUGGGCUUUCACCUUUCCAAAAAUUAUCAGGGGUGCUUGUAUCGUGGGGCGCGUCGGCAAUGACAUCGUGUCGCAUGAGCGGGAACAAGCUUCAGAGCAUGUGGUGUCCACGGUGCAGACUUGCAUGAACCAAUAUGGGGUGACAAUGGAGGAAGCCAACGAAAAGCUUAGAGUUAUAAUCGAACAAGCAUGGAUGGACAUCAUCGAGGAAUGCCUGGAGCGGAAACGUCCCAUGACACUUUUGGAGAUACCAGUCGACCUUGCACGAACAAUGGAUUUCGUGUACAAGCGCGACGAUGCAUUCACCCUAUCGUUCAGCCUCAAGGACGUUAUAGCUUCAAUGUAUGUGAACUCCGUGUGAGCUUAUUGAUCCAACAUCAGUAGAAGCUGAAGCGAACAGGCCCAAUUAAGAAGCACGAGGCUUU